AUGAGCAAGGCGGCUAUUUUACCAACAUCUUAUCCGAUUCCACCUAUGAACCAUCGCCGAAAUUCUUUUGUAGAAGUUAGCGAUUUCAUUUUACGCACAAGAAGAUUUAGAAUAUUAGGUUCUACUCUUGGUUUAUUCCUUUGUUCUUUAUGGGUGGUGGCUCACUUUAGCGAUGCUAGCCUAAACAUUCAUACUUUACAACGAUUUAAAAGUAAUGAGGCAGCUAUGGUUGCUGCGAGUGUUAUGGGUGAUGGUGGUGAAGAAGGUAUUUAUAGUUUGGAGGUACAAAGUCACAGCCGUUUUAGUGUUUAUGGUCACGGACAUAGACACAAUGUGUAUGAACAAUCACAUAUAUCAAGUUCCGUGAUAAUAUAUGAUAUUAAACCUCAAAAUGUUCUUGAAUUAGAAAUCGAUUAUCUGGUUCAUGAAAAUCCAGUUAUUAUAUUCGGCAAAUCUGAUUGUCCGUGA